AUGCGCUCAAGCAAGCACGUAUUGGCGUACUUGACGGACUGGGCGCUGCCGACGCGACAGACAGUCCUCGACCUCCCGCCGCAACGCCGUCCCCUCCCACGCGGCCUGCCCCUUUGGCGCCCGCAACUGCUGCGACAGUCGACGCCGCUUCAGCUUGGGCUACCGCUUCUGUGUCUCGGUAUCGCAUCGUGGCUUCUCCACAACUGGCGCGUUGCGCUUCUUGGUACGUGCCUUGGCUAUUGCGUGCUUCGGGUCCACUACAAGGUGCGCCUCCACUGGCGAGUCUGGGCGCGGCUUCCGUCGCUCGCCUAUGCGCUGCCGCUGCUUCUGCGGCUUCUCGGGCAAUACAAGCUCUUUGUCUUAGUGCACGCGGCAUGGCCUGUCUCGUGCUUCAUCGCGAUGGCUUGCACGUGGACUGCGUCGCCGCGGGCCCGCAUGUGUCUUCUCCACGGCUCGAUCUUCCUCUACUAUGUGGUGUGGCACCAAAACUGGCACGACGUGGCUCGGUUUCUGGCGCCGCUGGCAUUCGACACGGCCGGGUACUGCCUUGGGCACGUGUCGACCGCCGACCUUCGGUCCGCAGCACAAGCCGCUUUCGCCGCCAUUGACGUGUCGGCGAUCGAUCUCAAUGCGAUGCAGACGCUGCACUUUCUGCAAUGGGCGCUUGACUAUUGGCAGCAGCCGACGACGUUUACGUAUACCGAUCUCAUUGCGUCCGUCGCUGCGUCGCAUGACGCAGCCCUGCGAUAUUUCCACCCGCAGCUUCGAGAGAUCGCUACCGAGGUCAACACGGCCGCGUUGGCCGUGUACAUCCACUAUCUUCUGCAGGCCCUGCAGCCGCCUAAAGCCGUUGCCGUCGCCCUCACAAUCUGUCGUGACGGCUCGAGUGUCCUUCUGACGGCCCUCUUGUUGCUGCAAGGCACCGUGCCCAUCGCGUUGGUGCCGUUUGCAUGGGCACAGUGGCCGUGCCUCGUCGAGCUCUUCACGCUAUGGCGCCAAGGCGGCGCCGACUGCGACAGCCUCGACUGGAUCCUUUUGCGAUCGCCACUGCUUCGCGUCUGGACCAACAUCAAGGCUGCUGCGUACUGUCUCGAGUGCGGUGCUACGGCAGCGCGGGCUGUGGCCGCGGCAAGUGCCGCUGCGACGGUCGCCGUCAAGCUCCGGUCGCUGGUCGCUGCCGUUGGGAAAGCGCGUGCCGAGGGAUGGAGCGUCCACUGGGACGCCGUGACGGACUCGGUCUUCUCCAUCUAUGCGGCGAGGUAA